UCGGUUUUCCGGAGGAGUUUUUUGGGCGAGAUGACCUGCGGCGGCCUCCCCAUCUCGCCGGCGCCGAUGCCGACGGUGGCGGCCCCGCUGGAGGACGAGAACCUCCUCCCAGAAAUCCUCGUCCGCCUAGCCCCGCUGCCGUCCGCCCUCCCGCGCGCCUCCCUCGUCUGCAAGCGCUGGCGCUGCCUCGUCUCCGACCGCCGCUUCGUCCGCCGCUUCCGCGCCCACCACCUCCGCAGCCCCCCUCCCCUGAUCGGCUUCUUCGAGGAGGUCACCCGCGAGCCCUCCCCAGACUCCCCCAGCAGCCUCUUCUUCACCCCCAUCCUACUUCCGCAACGGCGACGGCCGCACGAUCCUCGGCUGCCGCGACGGCCUCGUGCUCCUCGUCGACGCGGGGAGUGCCGAGAUCGAGGUCCUGGUGUGGGACCCCGUCACCGGCGACCAGCACCGCUUCGUCGUCCCUCCGGUGAUCGACGAGCGCCAGGUCGUCGAGAUCUUAAACGGCGCGGUUCUUCGCACCGCCGGGAUCCUCGACGACCGCCCAUUCCGGUUCCAGGUGGUCUUGGCAGGCAUCGACAGGCCAAACAAGCGGCUGUUCGCCUGCGUUUACUCGUCGGAGACCAGCAAAUGGGGUGAUCCAAUUUGGGUAUCCGUGGAUUCGCCGAGCAACGUUCGCACCACGGUUUCUAUGCGUGUCUCCAGUACCCUGGUUGGGAAUUCCCUCUACUGGUCGCUAAAUGGGGAUACCGCUGCCAUCCUUCAGUUUGAUUUGGGCACACAACGCCUAGCUGCGAUACCGCUGCCACUGGAUAAGUGCAGCGAUGGCAGCCGCUCCUUCCGGGCUAUGCCCGUGGACGGUGGCGGGCUUGGCAUCCUUGAGCUGUUGGACUUCAACAUCCAGUUGUGGAAAAGGGAGAUCGACCGUGACGGUGUUGUUUCAUGGGUGCUGGGGAAAACUAUUGAAUUGGAUCAGCUUCUUUCCCUGGACAAGAGGGGAAUGAGUCCAAUGAUGCUGGGGUAUUGCGAGGUCAAUAAUGUGGUGUUCCUAAGGACAGUAUUCAGUAUUUUCAUUGUCCAGCUUGAGUCAUUGAAGUUCAGCAAGCCCCCCAUACAGGCAUCUUACUUCUUGGUUCAUCCAUUCACAAGUGUUUAUACUGCAGACAUGGGCAUUGGUGGUGGACCUGAUGAAGCCAAACUUCUGUGUAAUGCAAUGCAUAAGGUGACUGCAUUGUGAUACAUUGGUUGAGCAGUUAUCUGAGCUCUCAUUCGGGUUGCUGACCAGCUGCAGAGUGACUUUACCGGCGCAGGUUCUGUCGGUGCGGAAGUUGAUCUUCUACGGAGCGUGUUCUGGUCAACUGCGAAGUAGAUUUGUCGGAUUUAUCCCCUGGUAAAAUAAAAAGAUUUGUACUACCUCCAAUCCAUAAAAAGUGUCGCAGUUUUGAACUAAACCCAGUUCAAAACCGCGACACUUAUUUUGGAUCAGAGGGAGUAGGGUUUAUCUGUCCAGUUUGGUACCCUCCGUUCCAAAUUACUUGUAGGCAUCAUCCAACUGGCAUGAUGACAAGCAGCGACUUGGUUAGGCUAGUAAAUACUCAUUCAGUAGCAUCGGCUAUGUGAUUAUUGCCCCCGGUUUCAUUCUCAUUACGCCUUGUAUGCAGUGUGGAGAUUUCAUUCUCGGAUUUCUGCUACUGGUACCAAAAUGUUGAAUUGAUUGACUUGUGAAA